AUGGCGGUUCCAGGCACCCAGAUUUCCAAGCGCAGAAAGUUCGUCGCCGACGGUGUCUUCUAUGCCGAGCUGAACGAGUUCUUCCAGCGCGAGCUGGCCGAGGAGGGCUACUCGGGCGUCGAGGUCCGCGUCACCCCGACCGUCACCGACAUCAUCAUCCGCGCCACGCACACCCAGGAGGUCCUCGGCGAGCAGGGCCGCCGCAUCCGCGAGCUCACCUCGCUCAUCCAGAAGCGCUUCAAGUUCCCCGAGAACAGCGUCUCCCUGUACGCCGCCAAGGUCCAGAACCGCGGCCUGUCCGCCGUCGCCCAGUGCGAGUCCCUCCGGUACAAGCUGCUCAACGGCCUGGCCGUCCGCCGCGCCUGCUACGGCGUCCUCCGCUUCAUCAUGGAGUCCGGCGCCAAGGGCUGUGAGGUCGUCGUCUCUGGCAAGCUCCGCGCCGCCCGUGCCAAGUCCAUGAAGUUCACCGACGGCUUCAUGAUCCACUCCGGCCAGCCCGCCAAGGACUUCAUCGACAGCGCCACCCGCCACGUCCUGCUGCGCCAGGGUGUGCUCGGCAUCAAGGUCAAGAUCAUGAGGGGCUCCGACCCCGAGGGCAAGGCCGGCCCCCAGAAGUCGCUGCCCGAUGCCGUCACCAUCAUCGAGCCCAAGGAGGAGCAGACCAUUGUCCAGCCCGUCUCCCAGGAUUACGGCGCUAAGGCCGCUCAGAUGCAGGCGCAGGCAGAGGCCCAACGGGCACAGGAGGAGGGCGAGGGCGAGACGCCGGCUGCCGAGUCGUAG